ACAGCUGUCUGCAGUAACGUAAUUUCUAUCUAUUGUGGCGCACAUUCAAGAAUCGCAUUUUUGCCAUAAUUGAGAAACGAUUAUUUUUUAAUUAAAAUCUAAACAGAGGUCAAGCUCAGCUUCGACUUUGACCGGGUUUUGUGCUGUCGUGGCGCUUUUGCACACGUGUAUAACGACCAGGUGUAGACCCAUGCAGGCAUACAUAUAUGUGUAUGAUUGUAUGGAUGUGUUUUGUGUAAAUAUAUACAUAUGUGGAAUAUAGAAGUGCUAACGCCAAUUCUGUAAAAGCCCUAAAUGUGGCUUUGGGAUUAUAUUAUGGAAAUAAAACAUCGCCAAGCAGUGCGACGAAAUGUUCGCGUGCCUCUGGUCUACAUUGGUUCAGGUGCUGUCGCAUUGUGUGCUGUUUAUUUGAUAUUCGGCUGCUGGGCCCAGCUCGUGUGCAACAUCAUUGGCGUACUAUAUCCGGCCUAUGUGUCCAUUCAUGCCAUCGAGUCGAGUACCAAACAGGACGAUACCAAGUGGCUCAUCUACUGGGUCACCUUUGGCAUCUUCACGGUCAUUGAGUUUUUCUCCCACAUCGUAACUAACAUUAUUCCGCUCUAUUGGCUAUUGAAGUGUGGCUUCCUCAUCUGGUGCAUGCUGCCCGUGGAAAACAAUGGCUCUGUUAUCAUUUACAAUAAGUUGGUGCGCCCAUAUUUCCUGAAGCAUCAUGCUUCGGUUGACAAAAUCAUCGAUGAUGGCAUCAGGAAGGCCGGCAAUGUGCUGAAGAAGGAAUAGAGACGCUAUUACGCUUUUUUGUUCACUUCCUUAAGCAUUUUCGUAGCGUCCGCCUUCAGGAAUGGCCCGUCACGCCAGUUUACAUCACAUUAGACCGCGAUGAUUGUCUGCACAUUUCAAUUUGUACUUGAUUGUUGUUUUGGGCGCAUGCCACUUGGUUUUAAAAACCCCUCAUUUGAUGAUUCGCAUUAGAUGUGUUUGUAGUAAAAUCUCGGCUUGUUAAACAUAAAUUUCAAAAAGAAGACAAACAACUA